AUGCUGGAAAGAGACUGCAGAAAGAGAGAUGCUGGAGAGACACUGCAGAAAGAGAGAUGCUGGAAAGAGACUGCAGAAAGAGAGAUGCUGGAGAGACACUGCAGAAAGAGAGAUGCUGGAGAGACACUGCAGAAAGAGAUGCUGGAGAGACACUGCAGAAAGAGAGAUGCUGGAGAGACACUGCAGAAAGAGAGAUGCUGGAGAGACACUGCAGAAAGAGAGAUGCUGGAGAGACACUGCAGAAAGAGAGAUGCUGGAAAGAGACUGCAGAAAGAGAGAUGCUGGAAAGAGACUGCAGAAAGAGAGAUGCUGGAGAGACACUGCAGAAAGAGAGAUGCUGGAAAGAGACUGCAGAAAGAGAGAUGCUGGAGAGACACUGCAGAAAGAGAGAUGCUGGAGAGACACUGCAGAAAGAGAUGCUGGAGAGACACUGCAGAAAGAGAGAUGCUGGAGAGACACUGCAGAAAGAGAGAUGCUGGAGAGACACUGCAGAAAGAGAGAUGCUGGAGAGACACUGCAGAAAGAGAGAUGCUGGAAAGAGACUGCAGAAAGAGAGAUGCUGGAGAGACACUGCAGAAAGAGAGAUGCUGGAGAGACACUGCAGAAAGAGAGAUGCUGGAGAGAGACUGCAGAAAGAGAGAUGCUGGAGAGACACUGCAGAAAGAGAUGCUGGAGAGACACUGCAGAAAGAGAGAUGAUGGAGAGACACUGCAGAAAGAGAGAUGCUGGAGAGACACUGCAGAAAGAGAGAUGCUGGAGAGACACUGCAGAAAGAGAGAUGCUGGAAAGAGACUGCAGAAAGAGAGAUGCUGGAGAGACACUGCAGAAAGAGAGAUGCUGGAGAGACACUGCAGAAAGAGAGAUGCUGGAGAGACACUGCAGAAAGAGAGAUGCUGGAGAGACACUGCAGAAAGAGAGAUGCUGGAGAGACACUGCAGAAAGAGAGAUGCUGGAAAGAGACUGCAGAAAGAGAGAUGCUGGAGAGACACUGCAGAAAGAGAGAUGCUGGAGAGACACUGCAGAAAGAGAGAUGCUGGAGAGACACUGCAGAAAGAGAGAUGCUGGAAAGAGACUGCAGAAAGAGAGAUGCUGGAGAGACACUGCAGAAAGAGAUGCUGGAGAGACACUGCAGAAAGAGAGAUGCUGGAAAGAGACUGCAGAAAGAGAGAUGCUGGAGAGACACUGCAGAAAGAGAGAUGCUGGAGAGACACUGCAGAAAGAGAGAUGCUGGAAAGAGACUGCAGAAAGAGAGAUGCUGGAGAGACACUGCAGAAAGAGAGAUGCUGGAGAGACACUGCAGAAAGAGAGAUGCUGGAGAGACACUGCAGAAAGAGAGAUGCUGGAAAGAGACUGCAGAAAGAGAGAUGCUGGAAAGAGACUGCAGAAAGAGAGAUGCUGGAGAGACACUGCAGAAAGAGAUGCUGGAGAGACACUGCAGAAAGAGAGAUGAUGGAGAGACACUGCAGAAAGAGAGAUGCUGGAGAGACACUGCAGAAAGAGAGAUGCUGGAAAGAGACUGCAGAAAGAGAGAUGCUGGAGAGACACUGCAGAAAGAGAUGCUGGAGAGACACUGCAGAAAGAGAGAUGAUGGAGAGACACUGCAGAAAGAGAUAUGCUGGAGAGACACUGCAGAAAGAGAGAUGCUGGAGAGACACUGCAGAAAGAGAGAUGCUGGAAAGAGACUGCAGAAAGAGAGAUGCUGGAGAGACACUGCAGAAAGAGAGAUGCUGGAGAGACACUGCAGAAAGAGAGAUGCUGGAGAGACACUGCAGAAAGAGAGAUGCUGGAGAGACACUGCAGAAAGAGAGAUGCUGGAAAGAGACUGCAGAAAGAGAGAUGCUGGAGAGACACUGCAGAAAGAGAGAUGCUGGAGAGACACUGCAGAAAGAGAGAUGCUGGAGAGACACUGCAGAAAGAGAGAUGCUGGAAAGAGACUGCAGAAAGAGAGAUGCUGGAGAGACACUGCAGAAAGAGAUGCUGGAGAGACACAGCAGAAAGAGAGAUGAUGGAGAGACACUGCAGAAAGAGAGAUGCUGGAGAGACACUGCAGAAAGAGAGAUGCUGGAGAGACACUGCAGAAAGAGAGAUGCUGGAAAGAGACUGCAGAAAGAGAGAUGCUGGAGAGACACUGCAGAAAGAGAGAUGCUGGAGAGACACUGCAGAAAGAGAGAUGCUGGAGAGACACUGCAGAAAGAGAGAUGCUGGAGAGACACUGCAGAAAGAGAGAUGCUGGAGAGACACUGCAGAAAGAGAGAUGCUGGAGAGAGACUGCAGAAAGAGAGAUGCUGGAGAGACACUGCAGAAAGAGAUGCUGGAGAGACACUGCAGAAAGAGAGAUGCUGGAGAGACACUGCAAAAAGAGAGAUGCUGGAGAGACACUGCAGAAAGAGAGAAGAUGGAGAGACACUGCAGAAAGAGAGAUGCUGGAGAGGCACUGCAGAAAGAGAGAUGCUGGAGAGACACUGCAGAAAGAGAGAUGCUGGAGAGACACUGCAGAAAGAGAGAUGCUGGAAAAAGACUGCAGAAAGAGAGAUGCUGGAAAAAGACUGCAGAAAGAGAGAAAGUGAAAAAAAGAGACUGCAGAGAGAGAAACAGGAGAAAGGCUGCAGAAAGAAAGUGAAGAGAGAAACUGUAGAAAGUGAGAAACUGGAAAGAGAGAACCUAAAAAGCGAGUCUGGAAUAAGAGAGACAGCAGCGAGAGAUGAAAAAGUCAAUUGUUACCAGUGGUUUUAA